UGAUCUCAGCGCGCUCUCGGUGGAGGCGCAGAAGAAGAGAGCGCGGGUCCAAUGGAGUAGCUGUGGGGAGCAGCACUCUUCUCCUGAACUCCUCUUCCAUGGCUUAAAGCAGCACUUUUCUCUAGGACUGUCGUAUACGGAUUAUGCAGAGAUGAAGCGUGUACGGACGGAGCAGAUCCAGUAUGCGGUGACCCAGUACCUGAAGAGGAGGCAGUACAUAGACACAGAUGGGUCUCUAAAGGGGGCCAAACUUUCCCAGUCAGCUGAGGAGAUGGCAGCCAGUCUGACAGUUCAGACAGAGUCCAGCUGUGCGAAUGUGGUGUCCGCAGCCCCGUGUCAGUCAGACCCGCAGCAGUACGAGACCCAGUUCUCCAGACUGCGCUCCUUCUUGCAAGAUGCAGAAGCGCCGUUAGUGAAGGAGGUGAGCGGCGUUUUGUUUCCGCUCUUCCUCUACCUGCACCUGGACAUGGCGCGGUGUGGCCUGAAGGGGGCGGUAGACUCAUUUUACAGUCGCUUCCACUCGUUCUUCCAGCAGGACCCUGAGCAGAAAGCAAUUGUAGACCUUUUACGAGGAGCCGUCACGCCUCAGGAUGUGACCUCAAACCCUAAACUCUGCUCGCUCCUGGAUCACAAGUAUGUGGUGCACCUGACGGAUCAAGCGUACAGCUACCUGCUGCGUUACCUACAGAGUGACGACAACAGUGCCAUUUGCUGGGUGCUCAGCACACACGUGCAGGUGGAGGUGACAGCAGCACACCGAACUGACUACCAGCUGUACGGCGCAGGCAUAGGAGCGGGAAACACUACCUCCACUUCCUCUUCCUCCACUACAUGGACUGCGGUGGACGGGUCAGAGGGGGCGGAGCGUGUGGAGGUCACGGCGGGGUUACCUCAGAACGAGGCGGCGCUGGAGGCGUUGCAGGACUGCAUAAAGCGCGUACGUGAAGGUCCACCUUCGCUCACCACCGUCUGCUUCUACGCCUUCCAGCACACGGAUCAGCUGUUGAACACGGCCGAGGUGUCGGCGGAUAGUCGCUUGCUGGCGGCCGGCUUCGAUAACUCUGCCGUGAAGCUGUGGAGUCUGCGGGCCAGGAAGCUGAAGGCGGGACCUCACAGGGCCGACGUGUCUAAAAUAAGACUCGCCUGUGAUGUUCUGGAGGAGGAGGCAGAUGAUGAGGACGCCUCAGGCAGUGAAAUAAAGACCCUGCGUGCUCACAGCGGCCCUGUUUACCGCACAGCGUUCCUAACAGACGGCUCCGGUUUGCUGUCCUGUUCGGAGGACUCCACCGUUCGCUUCUGGGAUCUAAACAGCUUCACAAACACCGUCCUGUACCGCGGCCACGCGUACCCCGUCUGGGAUGUGGACGUCAGUCCCUGCAGCCUGUACUUCUCCACGGCGUCCCACGACCGCACAGCUCGCCUCUGGAGCUUCGCACGCACGUAUCCGCUCCGCCUCUACGCCGGCCACUUAUCUGACGUCGACUGUGUCAAAUUCCACCCCAACUCCAACUACGUGGCGACGGGCUCCACGGAUAAAACCGUACGCCUGUGGAGCACCCAACAGGGGGCGUCCGUGAGGCUGUUCACCGGGCACCGUGGUCCCGUUCUGUCACUCGCCUUCUCGCCCAACGGCAAGUACUUGGCGUCGGCAGGAGAGGAUCAGAGACUGAAGCUGUGGGACCUGGCGUCCGGCAGCUUGUUCAAAGACCUGCGGGGUCACACCGACAGCAUCACCAGUCUCUCCUUCAGCCAGGACAGCAGUCUGGUGGCCUCGGCCUCUAUGGACAACUCUGUGCGAGUGUGGGACAUACGCAGCGCUCACGGCACAGCUCCCAAUGACGGCUCCAGCAGCGAGCUGAUUGGACAGUACACAGGCAGCACUAGCAACAUCCUCAAUGUGCAGUUCAUGGCCUGUAACCUGCUGCUGGUGACGGGCACUGCGCUGGAGAAACAGGAACAGUGAGAGUGUAUGGGUCAAUCUCACAAAAAACACACCUAGGUUAUAUUUCACCCCAAAAUCUGACGAAAUAAGUAGGGUUAGUUCAGGUUAAUUGGGCCGUCUCAAUGGCAAAAUGCAUCUCAGUUUACCUGAAUUCAUCAUAUAAGUAAAAUUAAGCCAUUUAGCACAAUUACAUUAUUAUUUUUUGGCCAUUGUAACAUUAUUUUUAUGACAAACCUAUAAUUAAGUUAUAGUGCUGUCAAACGAUUAAUCGCAUCCAAAAUAAAAGUUUGUUUACAUACUAUAAGUGUGUGUACUGUGUGUAUUUAUUAUGUAUAUAUAAAUACACACAUACAUGUGUAUAUAUUAAGGAGAAAUAUUUUAGAUUUAUAUAUAAUAAAGUAUAAGUAUAAAUUAAUGCUGGGAAACGAUUAAUCGUGAUUAAUCACACCCAAAAUAAAAGUUUUUGUUUACUUUGUGUGUGUAUUGUGUAUAUGUAUUAUGUAUUUAAAAAUAUACACGCAUACAUAUUUUAGAUUUAUAUAUAAAAUAUUUAAAUUUAUAUAUAAUCUAAAUUACAUACAAGUUGCCGGGCAAACAUUAAUUGCGAUUAAUCGCAUCCAAAAUAAGUUUUUGUUUAUAUAAUGUUUGUAUAUUGUAUAUAUUUAUGUAUAUAUUAAGACACACACAUACAGUAUAUAUUUUAAAAAUACUUGCAUGUAUAUAUUUAUAUUCAUAUAAUUUAUAUUAUAUAUUUAAUAUAUAAACAUAUUUUUCUUAAAUAUAUAUAUGUGUGUUUCUUUAUAUAUACACAUAGUAAAUAUACACAGUAUAUUAUGUACACAAGCACUUUUAUUUUGGAUGCACUAGUAUAAAUAUAUAUGUGUGUGUGUGUGUGCGCGUGUAUAAUAUAUAUAUAUAUACACGCGCACACACACACACACACACACGUAUUUGUGUGUAUUUAUGUAUACUUAAAAAUAUACACCGUAAACAUUUUUUUUGGAUGCAGUUAUUCGUGAUUAAUCGUCUGACAGCCCUACUAAGUUAUUAUUACUGUAAUGCAAAAAAAAAAAAGUAAAAAAAGAGGAUACUGUUUGAAUGGUAAGAUAUUUAUUAGGGUGGUAUUUGUUGUAUUGCUGUUAAUUUACAUUGGUUUAACUAAAUAAGCACAUAACUGACUUUUCUUUAAUGCGUCUAUGUGUUUUGCAAUAAUUAUUUGUCAGUAGGUUCAGUGGUAAUGUUAAUGAAUUAAUUCUGCAUAAGCGAAAAAGUCAUUUACAGUAUUUUUAUUUUAUCAAAGAAAGUACAACAUACUACCUUGAUUUCAUUAUUAUUAUUAUUAUUGCCAUAAUAAGAAUUUGGAUGAUAAUUGUCAUAAAAAUAAUGUAACAAUACAAUUUUAUUAGGCUUCAUUUUGUUUGUGCUAUUCAGUGUAUAUGUAUUUACAGUAUAUAUAUAUAUUUUUUUUAAUUGUCAGAUUUUUAAAUGUCAGUUGACUUUAAUAGGCUUAAUUUUUUUCUUGUGAAAUACGGCCCAGACGGGUUUUUGUGAGAUUGACCCAUUGUGUUUUGUAAAGAGAGAGUGUUGGCGACGAUUUGGUUCAUUUUUGUUAUGAUGUGUAUUGAUGCCUCUGAAAGUCAGAGGUGCAGCCUGCUGUUUUCAUGGAGAUGUAAAUAUUAUACAUAUUUUUUUUUUCUGGAAAAAGUUAGGUCAUUAUUUCCAUGUCUGUAUUUUUCAUUCAACCAAUUUCUGUUGUAACAUUGCUGUGGUUUUGUUAAAGGCCUACGUUUAUAAAGAUAAGCACAUCCAGCACUGUGCACAGUGACAGUGACAGUGAAUCCAGAUCAGCUGGAUUCAUCCUACCUUAGGUGGGAAAAACAGUCCUGAUGAAGCAAAAUCAAUGCCUUUAUCCUCGUUUUUAUUCCUCCAAUCACUAGGAACUGAGUUUAGUUUUACAACAAAGCAACAAAGAAAUAAUUUGGAUGCUUGAGUUUGUCUGCUGUAACCUGUUGAACAAUGUAACAAAUGGAUGGACUGAAUGUGAGUUUCCUUAAAUCUGAUUUAGCAACCCUGCACUUAGUUUUGUACAAAGAAAGCAAAUCAACGUUCUCAGUUUGAUGUUUCCUUUUUUUGUUACUGGUGGUCAACAAUCAAGGGGAUGUUUGACUUUUGUAUUGUUUGGUUCAUUCUGAUACUUGUAAAUAUAUUUUUGGAACAUC